ACUCGACGAUGAUCUCGACUCCCCCUCGCGGGCCUCGUUGCGGUCUGCUGCCCGAUUAGUCGAGACCUGCUCUUCUCGGACAGGACAGGGCUGCGCGAGUUCCUGGGCCCGAUUCUUAUAGAACUAGUGUGCGUGGGGUUAUCUUCUGGCUCGAGGCCUUCCUUGCAGCGUGCCUCUCGGACGUAAACCCGAGCAUCCAUAGCGUCCCCACAUUGGAAAAAGAAAGUCUCGACCCUCGGGGGCACUGGCUGAAAUUCAAGACGUGUCCAAGAAAAUUCGCAAAAAUUGUUCGGGUGGACUCGCGCAGGAACGGAAUGUGGAGAGCCGGUGAACGUGGAUAGACUGUGGGGAGCUCGGAAUUGCUGGGACUGUGAGUCGACUCUGUGCAUCGAGGUCGAGGUCGAGGUCGAGGGACGAGGCCAGGGCUGUUCGAGGAAAGAAGAAAGAGCAGAGCAGAGAAGAGCAGAGCAGCUCGGGAGGUGGCCAUUCGCCCUGACAGGUGCAUGGGAUCAGCAAGAGCUGGGAAAAUGAGAGUUGCAGUGGUCGGGUCCGGAGUGGCAGGCCUGACUGCUGCUCGGACUCUCGCUCAGUCAGGUGCCAAUGUCGUCCUCUACGAGAAAGACAGCCACAUUGGCGGCCACGCCAACACUCUGCACGUGGAUGGCGUCGCCCUCGACAUUGGAUUCAUGGUCUUCAAUCAGGUGACGUACCCGAACAUGGUGGCGUUCUUCGAUGAAAUCGGGGUGGAGAUGGAGAAGUCGGACAUGUCGUUCGCGGUGAGCCUGGACGGCGGCAAGGGCUGCGAGUGGGGCAGCAAGAGCGUCGGGGGCCUGUUCGCGCAGCGAUCGAAUGCCGUGAACCCGUUCUUCUGGAACAUGAUCCGCGAGAUGCUCAAAUUCAAGGCCGACGUUCUUGCAUUUCUAGCGAGAAUCGAGAGCGGCGACCCGGGCAUCGACGAGGCUACGACUCUCGGCGACUUUCUCACCUCGCACGGAUACUCGCAGAAGUUCAAGGAAUGCUAUCUGAUUCCGGUGUGCGCAUCGAUCUGGUCCUGCUCGUCGCUCACGGUCCUGGGCUUUUCGGCCGUCUCGAUUCUCACCUUCUGCCGAAACCACCACUUGUUACAGUUAUUCGGGCGGCCGCAGUGGAUCACGGUGAAAGGCCGGUCCGAAACCUAUGUGAGCAAGGUUGUAGAUGAGCUUCAGGAGAGAGGAGCUGAGAUCAGGGCCGCUACCGCCGUCACUCGCAUAGAAUCUCUCGAUGACGGACGCGUGCGCGUGGAGGAUGAACGAGGUGGAAAUGAAAUAUUUGACGAAUGCAUCGUGGCUGCACAUGCUCCUGACGCGUUGGAAAUGCGGGGCGAAUAUGCCACUUCGAACGAGAAGAAGAUUCUGGGAGCCUUUCAAUAUGCUUACAGUGAUAUUUACGUACACCGGGACGAGAACUUCAUGCCCCGCAACAAGGCUGCCUGGGCUGCUUGGAAUUUCCUUGGUGAUAUCAACAAUCGGUGUUGUGUGACUUACUGGCUGAAUUUGUUACAGAACUUGGGAGACACAGGUUUGCCUUUUCUGGUCACCCUGAAUCCGGCCAAGAAACCUGAACGAGUUGUCAGUCUCUGGAGAACGAGUCAUCCUAUUCCAUCACCAGAGGCCGCCGAUGCCUCCAAGCGCCUGGGUUCUAUCCAAGGUCAUCGUGGAGUGUGGUACUGUGGGGCGUAUCAAGGCUAUGGAUUUCACGAAGAUGGGUUCAAGGCUGGUUUAGUUGCCGCAAAACAGCUUCUGGGUCAGAAGGCAGAAGUGCUUCGGAAUGUUAAACAGAUGGUGCCUUCUUGGACGGAGUAUAGUGCCCAGCAAGCAGUUGUAGCCGUCUUGCACAAAUUCAUACGCACUGGGCAGCUUCAGAUAUUGGAAGCUGGUGGUUCGAUUCUUGACUUCAUAGGCAGUGAAAAGGGUUGCAGCUUGAAGGUUUCUAUACGUGUCAAUAGCCCGCAGUUCUACUGGAAGAUUGCUACUAGAGCAGAUAUUGGUCUUGCAGAUGCAUACGUAGAUGGCGACUUCUCAAUUGUAGGAGACAAAAAUGGGCUUCUCCACUUCUUACAGCUGAUUAUCGCCAAUCGAGAUAUAAACCGAUCUGAAGUCGUGAAGCAAACAAGGGGAUGGUGGAAUCCAGUUUUUGUGACCGCAGCUGUCGGAGGAGCUGUUUCGUUUCUUAGACACAAAUUGCGUGGAAAUUCGCUCACUAAUGCUCGUAGAAACAUAUCCAGACAUUAUGAUCUGAGUAAUGAGCUUUUUGCUCUUUUCCUCGAUGACACCAUGACGUACUCCUCAGCCAUCUUUAAGGGACCCAACGACACGCUGAAGGAUGCGCAGCUUCGCAAGCUACAUUUGAUGAUCCAAAAAGCAAAAAUAGAACCUCAUCACGAGGUAUUAGAAAUAGGAUUUGGAUGGGGAAGUAUGGCUAUCGAACUGGUACGGCGUACUGGAUGUAACUAUACAGGAAUCACGCUAUCAAAAGAGCAGUUGGCCUUCGCGACGGAUCGUGUUAAGCAGGAGGGUCUUGAGGAUAAAAUUACUUUCAAACUCUGUGAUUAUCGAUCUCUAGAAGGCCAUCACAAGUUUAACCGGAUUAUCUCCUGUGAAAUGCUGGAGGCGGUAGGACAUGAGUAUUAUAAGGAAUUUUUCUCGAGAUGUGACUACCUGCUAGCGAAAGAUGGACUUAUUGUUCUACAAGUUAUAACCAUCCCCGACGAGAGAUACGACGAAUAUCUCAAGAGCUCCGAUUUCAUUAAAGAGUACAUAUUCCCUGGCGGUAGUCUCCCUUGUAUCAGUGCUCUGACCUCUGCCAUGGCUGCUGGAUCGACACUGAGUCUGGAGCAUUUAGAGAACAUUGGCCUCCAUUACUUCCAGACACUGAUGUGUUGGCGAGAGAACUUCCUCGCGAAGGCCAGUGAAUGUAGAAAGCUCGGUUUCAGUGAUAAAUUUAUUCGAAUGUGGGAUUAUUACUUCAUCUACUGCGCGGCUGGAUUCCAAACCUGUACCUUAGGCAACUUACAGGUAAUCCGACUUUUUGCCCUCCGAUGACACGUAUUUCUUUAUUCAAUGUAUCUCCGUGCAAAUUUUCCUCCUCUUUUUCCAUCUGCUCUGGAACAACGGCAACUCGUCCUUUAUCAACAUUAAGCAUCAGAUUCGAGGGAAUUCAGAUUUUCAGAAAUUUCGAGUAUUUGUUAAUCUUUGGUCACCCCUUGUACGGUCGCUCACAUUUCUUAAGUGUGCUGACGUGGAUUCUGUAAUGUUAACUCCGCAGCUGGUCUUUUCACGGCCUGGAAAUGUGGCUGCAGUUGGAAACCCUUACGUUAGCUUCCCUAUGGGCCUGGCUUCUGAUUCCUCAUUGGAAGCCUUUUUAGAAUGUAGAAAGAAAUUGUGAACUGUAGAAUUGUAAUUACCAUCGUACGUGGACUUUACCUUCUUAAAAAAAAAGGUUCUGUCGUUGCAGCAC